AUGUCUAGUACAGGGACUGGCAAACGUUCAACCACACCAAAAAAACAACGAUCACGAUCUCAAUUACAACAAAAAGAACGUAUUCAAGAAGAUGUUUGUGUUCGAACAAGUUUGCCACCAUGUGUCGAAGGUCCUGUUUAUGCAAUUCUUAUUUGUCAUAUACCUAAGUUACGUUGGAUUCCAAAGCAUCAAUCUGUCUGUCGAUCUAUUACAAUUAAAGUAGCAUGGUGGGGUGAAGAUGAUACAUCGGCAAUAUUCAAGCCACAAAUUUCUGGUGUUUCACUUGACCAUCGACAGCAACCGAGUACCACAGCAAAAUAUUAUAUUCGAAGUGAACUCAUACAGUUUUCUAAAUAUUUAAUAGACGCUGCUGAAUUAGUACUUAAGGUAUAUGAUACUGAUACAAAUCGUAUGAUCGGUACUGUUAAAGUAAAAAAUUUAUCUACACUCUCAAUAAACAAUCCCAUCAAAGGUUAUCUACCUAUAUUUUCAAACAAAGGCGAUAAAUUAGGUGAAUUAUUUAUUGCAUUACGUCUUCUUCUUCUCGGAAUGCAUGAUAGCAAUGAAAAUCUAAUAGCAAUGAGUUAUACAUCUGAUGUAAGCAAUCCACCUUCACGACGUAAUUCAAUUGGAGCUAAUGAUUAUAAUCAAGGUGGUCAACUUGAAAAUGGUCUACGAACAUAUACAAUCAAUCGAGCUGAUAAUGCAGAACAUCUAAAUUCAGUUCAUUCAAAUGAUACGACUGCAUUACAACAAUAUGAUUCAACUACUCCAUUUCAAGCUCGUACAACUAAUGUAAAAAAUGUACCACCAGGUAUGCAAGCAUAUAAAGAACUUCCAACUGGUAAGGUCAUCGAAGAAUUAAUUGAACGAGCAAAUCGUCUUCGAGAAAAUAUGUCUAAACCAUCAUUACAGAAAACUACAACCAUUAAGAAAAAUAAUCAUUCUAUUGAACCAACAUUAUUUAAUAAUAAUAAUAAUAAUAAUGCUGAAAUUCAUGGUCAUAAAUCAUUUGAAAUGCUUAUCGAUGAUAUUGAUCCUUCGAUUAUUGAUGAUGAAAAUAUUUAUGAUAUGAUCGGUAUAAAAUCAACUGUAAAUUUAAAUGAUUCAAAUCAUUCAAUUCUAACUGAUCUCGAUGGAUUAGAAAAUGAACAAAGUCUAUUAGAUGAUCUUCUUUAUGGAGGGAGUACAGAAAAUAAUCAUAAUAACAAAAAUAAAACAUAUAAUACCAAUUCAACUAAUUUAAAUAAUAAAAAUCGUCCACAUGGUAAACCACCAACAGGUCGUUCACGUAGUCCUAGUCUAUCACGUGUUAGUGGAUUGUCAAAUCGAUCACGUUCAACAGCAAGAAGCCGAAGUUUAACACGUAGUAAUGAUAGUGAUAUAGCAUCACGUGUUUCCUUUGAUAUGUCUAAUUCAGAUGUUGAUGAUAGUGGAAAUGAAAGUCAUGAUGAUAAUGAAUUGAGUACUGAACGUAUUCAAUUAUUAAAUUAUGUUCGUACAGCUCGUAUUCGUAUUGAUCAUCUUCGUUUAAAUAUUCUUAAUGGCCGAGAAUCACCAUCACAUUCAUCAUUUGGACGAACAAAUAAAAGUAAACGAGCUAUGAAUUAUUAUAUUGAAUAUCAGUUUCCUGUUAUUGCUAAUAAUCGUGAUGGCCAUGCAAAUGAAGUAACAGAAGUUAUAAAAAUAGUUUCAAAACGUUUCGAAUCAAAUAAUGAUAUAAUAUUUUCUCAUUUAUCAACAUAUCCAUGUUUAUUUAAUGAAACAAUAUUUAAAAAUUGGUGGCGUUCAUUAUUAAUAUUUAAAAUUUAUAGUCGUAUGUCAGGUACAACAAAUCCAGAACAAAUUGGUUUUGCUGUUUUACCACUUCGAAAUAUAUUCAAAGCUGAUUAUUUACAUUUAGAACAAGAUUUAAAUGUUAUUGAUCGUACACAAAUGAAUUAUAAUCAAAAAAUUCCAAAUAAAGUAGCAAAAAAAUUUUGUAUUGGUCAAUUACAUUUAAUGCUUGAACUCGAUUCUGAUAAAAAAGAUUUUAAAACUGAACUUGAUCGAAUACAAUUAAUGGAACAAAUGGAACCAAAAAAUAAACAAAUAAUAAAAUCUAAACGAAUAAAAAAAUCUAAAAAAUCAAUUAUAAAUUCAAAUAAUAAUUUACAAUUACCAAAAAGUUUUACAUCAAAUGAAUCAUCAUCAUCAGAAUUAACCGAUGGAUUAGUUGUACAAUUAUAUCUUUCAAUUGUUGAAGCUCGAAAUAUUCCACAUAUAUCGAAUAAUAAUAAUCUACCUCGAAAUCCAUAUUUUAUUUGUCGAGCAUUUUGGAAUGAAGAACCGGUCACAUCAGUUGUUUGUUGGGGAAGUUCAACGCCAAGAUUUAAUUUUCAACAGAAAAUUCCAAUAUUACUCACAAAACCCACGAUCGAAAAAAUGCAUCAAAAUUUUGUUAUAAUUGAAUUAUGGGAUAAAAAAAUAUCCGGACCAUCCGAUCAAAUAAUUGGUAUUAUUAAAAUACCAUUAGAACAAUUUUAUGUAUCAUUUAAAGAUAAACAAAUAAGUCGUGUUCUUUUACGUGCACAAUAUCCAGUUAUUAGUAUUGAUUCUUGGUUACCUAUUAUCGAUCCAUUUAUAAGUACAAAUAAAUCAUCAGGAGAAAUUCAAGUUUUAUUAGCUAUGGGUACAUCAGAUCAAAUAACAGCUGUACAAGUAGCUCAUGCUGGUGGAGAUUUAUUUCCUUCAUUAACAAAUAAAAAACUAUCAACAAUAUCUAAUAAUAAUAAUAAUAAUAAUAAUAAUCAAUCAUUAUCAUUAGUUGAACAUCAUUUUGAAAUAAUGAUUGAAAGUAUAAAUGGUUUACGUGCAUUUGAAUCUAUGGUAUGGGGUGAAAGUGAUUGUUUUAUACAAUAUAUAUUUCCAAUACAACAUGAACAACAACAAUUAACAAAUAUUAAUUCAAUAAAACCAUUCCAACUUCGUACAAUACGUACAGCUACUACACUAUGUACAUCAGAUCCAACAUUUCAGGAUACAAAUAAAUUUCAUUAUAUUCUAUCACCUGCUGAUGCUUUACAUAAAUAUUUUUAUGCUGCUUGUCAAUCUACAACACCUAUUGAAGCUAGUAUUCCAUUUGAAGUUUGGUCAAGAUUUUAUUAUCCAAAUAUUCGUGAUCAACUUUUAGCAAAAGGCAAAUUACCAGCUGCUAAAUUAUGUAGUAUGACAACAAUGUUAAAUUCUGAUGUAGAAGAUAAAUCAAUGCAAUCAUUUCGUAUACCAUUAGAAAUUGUAAGAGAUGAUCCUAAACAUGAACAACAUCAUUAUACACCAACACCAACCUAUGGUGGAGAUUUAUUAUUAACUGUUACUUAUAAACGAAAUAUUAUUCAGCAAAAUGAACCACAAGUAAUUCCUGGUCAUUUAUCAAAUGAUAAUUCUAACGUGUGUAUGUCAGUUGGUAUUAUUCGUGCUUGUGGUUUAAAACAAGCAGCUAUGUUUCAAGCGCGACAUGAUGCUCGUUUUAAUUAUCCAUCUCAAGUGGGUCUUAAUACUUAUGCAAAAGUAACAUUAUCAUUUCUUUCUGAUAUGGAAUCUCGUUCAACAAAAACAAUAGCUCGUAGUUUUGUACCUGAUUUUAAUCAAUCAAUGGAUUUUCCUAUUCCACUAAUAUGGAGUGAUCAUCGUAAUCAAUCGAUAUCUCUUGUUGAAAUACUUGAACAUGGAGAAUUAAAAAUUGAUAUUUAUCAUCAAAUGAAUUCAAAUUCAAAUGAAAAACAAUCAUUAGAUAUUCAUUUAUGUUAUUGUAUAAUUUCAUUAAAAGAAUUAAUUAUUCGACAUACAGGAAUUAAAGGUUGGUAUCCAUUAGCUAGUGCAAAUAGUGUUGUUACAUCAGAAAUUUCUUCGGAUCCAAUUGAAAAUUGUGUUGGUGGUAUUGAAUUAUUUAUUCGUUUUACACAACAAGAUGAUCGUCGUCGAAUGAUGGAUUCAGCAAAAAAACUUGGUUGGUUGAAUGAGAAUUAUAGCGAUGAAGAAAAUUUUCUUGAUGAUCAAAAAGAUCUUGGAUGUAUUGUAAAACUAUCAAUUGAUCGUAUUCAAUUUUCUGUUCAACUUACAACACAAACAGAUAAAGAUAGUUUAAGUAUUUUUGCACAAUAUCGAUUUUAUGAUAAAAUGCCAAUAAUAACUAAACGAAAAAAAGCAAUUAUUGAUAAAAAUAAUUUUAUAUGUGAACUUCAAUUUAAUAAAGAACAUUUAUUUUUAUGUAGUGAACCAUUUUUAUGGUAUUUACGUGAAGAAAAAUUAGAAAUACAAAUUUGGACAAGUGAAAAUGAUACUUAUGAUUAUUCACAAUCAUUAGCAUCAACAACAGAUAAACUUAUUGGUUCAAUUUAUGUUGAUUUAAAUACAUUAUGUCAUAGAAAAAGAAAAUCUCAUCGAUUAAGUACUAUUUUACCAAUAUUUAAACAAGGAACAAAAGAUUUAACCGGUGCAUGUGUACAAAUACAUGUUUCAAUUGAUAAAUCAAAAGAUUUUAAUGAAUUAAGGAAUCGAAAUGAUCUCGAUACAUCCAACGAUAUUGAACUUGAUUCUUACUUAGAAAAUCGUCAUUUAAAUUUAAUAAGCAAUGAUCGUGCACUUCGUACAAUGACAAAUAAUAUUUUCUCAGUUUUAGUCAAUAUUGAACAAGCUGCACAUUUACCAAAUAUUUAUUCUCAAAAUGAAAAUAUACAUACACCACCAAAUCCAUAUGUAACAUAUUCAACAGCUGAUUCAAAUCAUUUAUGUCGUACACAAGUAUUGACAUCAACAAUAAAACCUCAAUGGAAUUAUCAACAAUCAAUUAAAUUAUCUAUUGAACAUUUAUUUAAUGAAAAAAAAGUAUUUCUACUUAAAGUCUGGCAUAAAAUUAAUGCUGAUAUUGAAUCAAUUCCAGAAAAAUCAGGUGAUAAAGUUCUUGGUUUUGUUUCUAUUGAUUUAAGUCCAUUAUUAUCUGGUUUACAACAAAUAUCUGGUUGGUAUAAUAUAAUUGAUACAAUUGGAAAUGUUCAAGGACAAUUAAAAAUUAAUAUUAUACCACAACAAGAUCUUUUUGAAUUUAAACGUAUGAAAUAUAAUUCCAAACAAUAUCAACCAAAACUUGAUACACAUCGUUCAACUUCAACAAGAACUGAAAAUAUAUCAUCGUUAAAUUUGAAUGAUCUUUCAUCAAGAUCUAGUAAUGUUGGUUCAACAAAUUUAAAUUCUUCAAUAAUUGACGAUGAAAAUAAUAAACAAUCAUUUUUAAUGAAUAAUCUUCGACGUCAACUAGGUGAACUUGAUGUUAUAACAGAACGUUUAAAAGCUCGUUAUUAUUCAAAUUCAGAAAUAUCAUCAACAAUAACAACAAGUCGAAAUAGUAGUGUAUCAUCAGUUCCACAACUAAUUUCGCUUAAUUUACCAUUAACUACAAAUUCUAUUCAUCAAAAUACUGAUAAUACACAUUCAACAACAACAAUUCAAAAAAAUUUAUUAGAACAAUUUCCUGAAUCACUGAGUGGUAAACCAUUAAUGAGUAAUGGUCUUAAUGUAACUGAUGUACUUUCAUUACAUAAUGAUCAAGUACGUCUUGCACAAGAACUUAUGACAAAAGCAAAUCAUUUACUUGAAUCAUCAAAAGAUUUUUUUGAUAAACCUCCAACUGUACCAAUGCCACCGCCUAUAUCAUCGACUAUUAUUGAAAAGAAAUCUAUUACAUCAUCACCACCAGCAUUACCAAAUUUUAAUGCAACUAAUGAAUUUCAAACAACAAAUAAUUCAUCGAAAAUUGAUACAACUCAUAGACAUAUCAAUAAUUCAUUUGAACAACAACAUUUAAAUGAUUCGAUAAUUUGGUCUGAUGAAGAAAAUGAUGAACAUGAUCAAAGUUUUCUACCUAUUGGUCUUCCACCAAUUCAUCAUCGUUCAAUAAUACCAACAGUUGUCUCAUCACCAUUACAUGUCGAAGAAAAUUCAACACAUCAAGAGCAACAAGAUGAUAUUGAUAUUGUUCAUAUCCGUCCAUUAAAUAAUCUAUCUGCAUUCAAUUUUGAUUGUCAACAAAUGAAUGCAGAACGACUUAACGGUUCUUUAACAAAUGAUGCUCAUACUGAAUUAUCACGUCGUACUGUACAUGCUUCUGAUAUAACAACAAUGAACAAUAAUCAAAAUGAAUAUAAAAAACCUUCACAUGAAGUAAUAAAUUCAUCUGAUUAUCAAUCACCAGAACAACAAUCAUCUUCUUCCGAUACAUCUAUCGUUGAUGAUACUAAUACACAAAUGAAACGAAUUGAUGUAUCUAUUCGUAAAAAAACAUUACCAAAUUUUUUUCCAUCAAAUCAUGAAAUGGAAGUAUCAAUUAAACAAGUUUCACAAGCAUUAACAACAUCAGCAACAAAUCCUUCAUCAAAUAAUCUAAUAAAAACAAUAAAUGAACGAUUUCAUAGUAAAUUACCAAUGGAAAUAACAAAUACAAAACGAAUCGAACAAAUUUUUCAAACUAAAUAUCCUUCAAAUUAA